AUGUCCGCUCAUGUAAAAGCUCACGGGGGUGCAAGAAGUGCACCAACCGACACCACACGAUGCUGCAUGAGGCUCAUCAGUCGAACUCAUCAGCGAAGCCGAUCACCACCUCAGCUGCAAUCUCUCGUUCGCCAGCUCAACAUCACUCGUCAUCAUUUCGCCAUUCUCAUCACUGGAAUUAGUGGCGGAAAGACGACGCAAACUCGAGGAGUUGCAUUGCUUAAGCUCCGCUCACUUUACUCAAGUUCAGACGUCGUUAUUCAAGCUCACGUUCUGCAGACGGUAACGAACAUCCUGUCAUCCUUCAACGCUGCACCACAGCAAUGGCCGCAUCUCACCAAGUUAACCUUGGCUGAUCCUGAUUUCCUUACACCACGGCCAGUGGAUAUUAUUAUUGGAGCUGACUCAUAUGGGCAGAUCAUUAAGCCCAACAUCAUCAAACAAGAUCCAUUGAUGCCAAUUGCGCAGCUCUCAAUUUUCGGAUGGCUCGUUCUCGGGCCAGUCGACACAUCAUCAUCGGCAUCAGCUGCAGUACAUCAUGCAUCGAUUCAGGAGAAAGAAGAUGCUCUCGAUGAGUUAUUGUCGAGAUUUUGGACACAAGAAGAAGUGCCUGAGAAUGAGAAUCAUGAUCUUACACCUGACGAGCAAAGGUGUGAAAAAUACUUUAAGUCCACAGUUUCUCGGGAUUCAGCAGGCCGAUACACGGUUCGAAUUCCAUUCAAAUCAUCACCUGAUACUCUUGGCGAUUCGUAUCUCGCUGCGCAUCGAUGUUUGCAAAGUUUACUAAGAAGACUCUCCCGAGAUGACAACUAUCGACGUUUGUAUCAUCAGUUUAUGACAGAAUAUCGAGAGCUCACUCACAUGAAGAAGGUUUCACCCGUUUCCAGUCAGCUCACACAAUAUUACUUGCCCUAUCACGGAGUGCUCAGACCAGAUAGUGCAACUACAAAAUUACGGGUGGUAUUUAAUGGCUCGAGUGCAUCUACAUUCGGCCGCUCACUUAAUGAUCUCAUGCACACGAGAGCCAAAUUGCAUUUAGACGUCACCGAUGUUUUACUCUGGAUUCGACAAUUUCGGCAUUUAGUUGCCACGGACAUCACCAAGAUGUACAGACAAAUCAACGUACAUGAAGAUGACUGGAAUUUACAACGAAUUCUAUGGAUAGAUGAACUGCUCAAUGAAUUGUCAUAUUAUCUAACCACGGUCACGUAUGGGACCAAGGCUGCCCCGUUCUUGGCAUUGCGAACAUUGCUGCAACUGGUGGAGGAUGAAGGCCACAAUUUUCCCCUUGCAGUGCCGUCCAUCCUUCGAGGUCGAUAUGUCGACGACAUUUUUGGAGGCGCUGACACGGUUCAGCAGCUAAUAAAAAUUUCAUUGCAGCUAAAGAAUUUGUGCAUGGCGGGCGGUUUUCCACUGGCCAAGUGGCACGCGACUCAUCCAGACGUGCUCGCUGCGGUUCAAGCAGAAAAAGACCAGGGCUCACAAACAUUACAUUUGACGAUUGCGAUCUCGUCGCAAACCGAUCAUCUCACCAAACGCCUCGUUUUGUCUGAAGUAGCUCAGAUCUUCGAUCCACUAGGCUUUGCAUCACCAGUAGUGAUCAAGGCAAAGAUGCUCUUGCAGGAGCUUUGGCUACACAAGCUCCUGCAAGAGCAUCAAUGGGAUCAAUGGGAGCAUCACUGCCAUCCCAGCUCUCUUCACGGUGGCUCAUCAUCAGAAAGGAACUCACCAGCUUAA